AUGUCGCUGGAAGAGUCUUCAGUCCUCAUGGACCGUGCAUUAGUGACCAUGUGUCAAGAUCUACCCGAGUCAUUAGGACUUUAUAAUACGGAAAAGGAUCAAUACUCAUUACUUGCUAUACGUAGUAUACCAUUACUAGAGAAAGUAGGAGCGGAGUCACGAAAAUUCGUCUUAAUUCGCGAUUGGAUGCGUGCCUAUGAGCCUUUGAUCGAUCAGCAACUUAGUGUGGAGAUUAAUCUUGAAACACUAAAGGAAAUUGAUGUACGAGAGAGAAAAGAGAAAGAAGAGGAAUUGGAGAAUGAUGAACGGAUGCGAGAAGCAGUGAAGAAGAAGAAGAAGAAGAAGCAGGAGAAGAAGCAGGAGAAGAAAGAGACGAGUAAAGCUAUGGAAAUGAUACAAAAGAAGACGAAGGAGAAGACGACGACGACGACAAAGCGAAGCACUAUGAGCAGUAGCAAGAAUCAAGUCAAUAAAACAAGAACAAAAGUACGUUAUGUACAGCUCGAGAGUGAUGAAGAUGAUGAUGAGCUGUCACUUGAUGAGUCUAGUAGCUCUAGUGACGAGUCUUCAUCCGAAAUGACUUCGUCCAGUGAAUCAGACAGUGACAGUAGUAAACCCACCAAGAAACGCACAAGGACCGUCAGUAACUUGCCGUCCAAAAAAAUGGUCUUAUCAUCCGAUGAGGAUGAAGAGCCCAAUGAAAUGUUUGAUACGGACGAUCCGGAUGUAUACGAAGUAGAGACGAUUUUAAGAAAGAAGAAGGGUGAAAAGUACGGAGAACAAGAUUUGUACGAGGUGAAGUGGGAAGGAUAUGACGAGACAACGUGGGAACCAGCUAGUAACAUUUCAAAGGACCUGAUUGAUGAGUUUGAAGGUCAACCAGUACGUGAAGAUGUAUACACGGUGCAAGAAAUUAUGGAUCGUCGCAGUAAACGAGACCCAGAGACGAGACUAAAGACGCACCAGUACAAGGUCAAGUGGGUUGGCUAUGAUGAUCUCACGUGGGAGCCUGCUGAGAACCUACCGCACAACAUGCGACGAAAGUUUGACCAGAAGUAUGAGAGUCGGAAACGCCAGCGAUCCUGA